AUACGGUAGUUAGUCAACACAGUUGAACUAUUUUCACAAUACAAAUGUUAUCACAGUCAAUAGUUCCUUUUAUCAACGAGACUUCUACGUUAUAUAAGGAUGUUUGAAAACAAAAGUUCUUAUUCUUUAAUAUGCUAAACAUUUAAAACAAGUUAACAUGCUGAUUUAUCUGUGUUUGUUUUUUUCUCUUGUAUCAGGAUACUCUGACAAUAUUGUAUGUGGAAUAGAAGCCAAAACGUCGACAUUUGAAUCAAUGUAUGUCAGUUGUUUGAUAGACCAAUUUUUAUCUCAGCCAAUAUACAGUGCAAGUUUUACGUCCAAUAGAUUUGCGGGGAACGAUGCAUCUAGAAUAGAACUAAACUGUACAACUCCUGUCCACUACUUGUCAGUAAGAUGUUUGAUAAAGGUCAACAUGACGGAUUUACAAUCAGGUUUUUAUCAUCUCAAAAUGAUUGUUUCCAAAGAAAUGAACAAUUCUCGGAUCGUUACAAUGGACAGUGAUGACAUCCAAAUCUAUGUUCCAAAAGAGCUUGAGACCCCUGAGUGUAAGUUACCUAAUUACGAUGAUGCCUGUUCCAAUAAUCCGAAAGAUUGGGUAGACAGUUCUUUUAUUUCGUGUGUAGCUGCUGUACCAGUAGCAAAAGUGAACUGCAGCAUUAUCGACAUAUCUAAGUCUGACAAUGUCACCACUACUAGCUAUGAAGCCGAAUCCUUGUAUGCAUAUCAUAAGGGCGAAGUACGUGUCCAUUCUGCCAGGUGUUACAUACCGUUCAAUAGGACAAAUUUAAUGGAUGUUCUAAAUGUCAACGUCACUUUUUCUUAUGACUAUGAUUACGACAAUGAGUCCCUGGUUUCACACUCUUCAACGAGUUUCUCUUUCGGUUGUCCAAAACUUAUGAACUUCACAGUGAACGCUAGCCCAGACUGUGUAUGUGCCAACAUUGGUGACAACGUGACUUUCAGUUGUGUCACAGACGUUCCGUCUCAACACAAAGUUCUUCAAACAAGUCAAAGUGAAGUCGAUUUUCCAGACAAAACAAUGACCUGGCAAAUCAAAGAUACUUUGUCUUACGGCUCUUACAUAUGUUCUGUAGGAGACAACUCGGGAUAUUUACAAAAGUCUGUGUAUGUAUUGGCAUCAGUACUGACAACGAGAAAUGGUAAACACACAUUCUACGAGCUGCAGUAUGCUGGCAUUAAUAAUGACACGGCCUUUGCAUUGAUAGGAAUAUAUGGAUGUCCCGAGCCCACUACAAUAACUGUCUUAAGGAAGAAAGUAAUCCUAACCAAGGGAGUUCUUGUGACUUAUACAAGAGAUCCUCAAUGGCUCUGGUACUCAUUACCCAGCUACACAUUUUCAGGCGUUGUUAAUGUCACUUUUCUGAAUAAAGACUUGACUCAAGAUCUACCAGAAUACAGUUUGAAUGUUAGUAAUGGGAUCACUUAUACUAUCAUCGACUUUGGAGUUUAUUACUCAGAUGCUUCUCUUCUCUUACACAGCACUGCAGUGUGUUUACUGUGUGUAGUCCUCUUACAAGCUUUAUUGUAUUAACAACCAGCAUAUGUGCAAUGCAAAUAUUGUAUUCUAAAACAACAUUGUAAUAAUUACUUUUUAGUAUCGUUAAUGAAUCUGUCUAAUAGCUUUUUUGCAAUAAAAAGUUAUUUGAGUUCUCUUAAUAUAUACACACACAAAAAAAAGAAAACACAUUAAGCUAUGCAAUAGUAGGAACCAAGGCACACAUAUCAAAUAACUAUUCUUUGACUAGAACAAGUAAAUAAAUAUGUUCUACAACAUUUUUUGUGUAUCUAAUAAGAUUUUGUUAAAAUGAUACCUGUCAGGGGGAGGUAUGACAAGAAUGAAUGUUACAUUGAUAUUUUGGUAUGAUUGUUAUAUCCCCUUGUUGUGAAUGUGAAUAGUAUUGCACGUGCAAUGAACUGAAUGGUUAAGUCUUCGUUGAAUGUGCGAGAGAGUGUGUUAGUUAGUGAGGUCUCGUUCCCGGUCCAAGAAGGUUGGACGGUCGAUUCCUGGACUGGUGAUUGUUUAUUAAUAUUAAUAUUUAUUGUGCAUUAUUUGUGCUCUAUAGGAUAUUAUUAAAGUAUUAUUUCAUGGAAAGUAUUAUUGUUAUUCAUGAAGUUGAAGUUUAUUAAUAAUAAUUAAUUGUAAGUAAUCAAGUAAACCCCUAAGGAACCAAGAAACACAAGAACAAGCAUGUAAAGUGAACCCUGACAAUACCAAUAUAGAGGUCACAAUGUUCGGAGACCGUAAAGAGCUUAAUAGAAACACAAGAGAAAUCGUAGGGCUUUUGAUAGACUAAACAUCACAUUUAGUUACAGCUUGACAGACGCCUGGUCAGCGGGCAGUUAACAAACCCACUCAAAGGCUAAGAAAUACAAAGUAAAAAUAAUGUGCCUGCCAUGGAUGUUAUGAACAUUUAUAAUGUAAAAGUUGUAUUUCUAUCUAUAUCAACGCAUAUUGUAUUGGUAAUAAAAGGUUUUGAUGCAUAUUCA